CUGUUAGUAGAGUCCUGUCCAUUCAACGCUGCUGCAGGAUUGUUGUCAUUUUUCUGUGGCUAGCCUUCAGCGCUAGUUUGAUUUUCUCUCCAACAUACUUUGAUCCAGCAGGAUGUUAGGAUGGAGUGUGGCCCAGUUCUGCCGGACAGCCUGGUGUUGGAGAUCUUCCUGCGUCUGCCCCACGAUGCCGUGCUGAGAGUUGGUCUGACCUGCAGACAGUGGCUGGCUGUCUCCAGAGAUGAGUUCCUUUGGAGGGAGCUGUUCUACAGCUACUACCGCAUACCACGCUCUGUACCCCGACACCCAGCGGCUGUGUCGUGGUACAGGGAGUUCCGACGUCUGUUUGACUGUAUCCCCUGUGUGGAGGUUCAGACGCUGAGAGAACACACUGACCAAGUCCUCCACCUGGCUUUCUCUCACAGGGGUCACCGCUUCUCCUCCUGCUCCAAAGACUGCACCGUUAAGCUAUGGGACACAGAGCGGCCAGAUGGUAAUAUAUCAUUGGUGCACAGCUCCAGCAUGCGGCAAUUUAACUGGGGCUACACCCAGUUCUCCCAGUUCAACGCUGACGACACCCUGCUGCUCGUGUCCGGUGUCUACCUGGGCCCACACCACUCCUCGUCUGGGGAAAUCGCUGUCAUCAGUCUGGAAAAUUACACGCUGUUGUCGCGUGUGAGGAACAAGCCGUACGAUGUGUUUGGCUGCUGGCUGAAUGAGACCCACCUGAUCUCUGGGAACCUGCACUGGAUAGGCAACAUGACGUCCUGCUCUGUGCUUUGGCUCAAUAAAGCCUUCCAGGAUGUUGAAUCAGAGAAUGUCAACGUAGUCAAGCGCCUUUUCAAAAUCCAGAACGUCAAUGCCAGCACCAUUCGCACAGUGAUGGUGGCCCACUGCCGUCGUCAUGACAACCCAGACUUGCUGCUGGACUACGAGGCUCAGUCCCAGGCUCGAAGGCAGAAAGGGCAGCAGCAGCAGCAGCACCAGCCCCUCCUCUUCGACCUGGGAACCUCGGGCAGUGACGAAGAAGAUGAGGAAGAGGAGGGGAGCGAGGAGAGCCAGAGGGAAGCAAUGCUCGGCACUUGCCGCCUUCCUCAGCCCACCAUCUCAGGCCUGGAGCACGUUAUAUAUUCAGGUAAAGUAGGGCACACAGAGUUGGCGAUAGAGACUCAUGUGGCUAAGAUGAUGGGCAGAGCCCACACAAAGGCCCCUGACCUAAUUGAGCCUUCUGAGCCCGGGGAGGGAGAGGACAAAACUUACUUACUUUUCACAACCGGCAGCCUUACAUACUCUCCUCACCAGAUAGGUAUAAAGCUAAUCAAGCCCGACCAGAUGACCACUUGUGGUCCAGUGCUCGGGGAAGAGCGGAGUUCAGUUGAGUUUUUUGAUUCCCUGGACCAUGUUAUUGAUAUCCAUGGACACAUCAUUGGUAUGGGCCUUUCUCCAGACCACAGGUACCUUUAUGUGAAUAGCCGGGCUUGGCCAGCCGGGUGUGUAAUCUCUGACCCCAUGUCUCCUCCUCCCAUUGCCGAGGAGAUCGACCUGCACGUCAUCGAUCUGAAGAGUUUGAGGGAGGAGAGAAGGAGCCUGCGUGCACACCGAGCCUUCACGCCUAACGAUGAGUGCUUCUUCAUCUUCCUCGACGUCAGCAGAGACUUUGUUGCCAGUGGAGCAGAGGACAAGCACGGCUACAUCUGGGACCGUCACUACAACAUCUGUCUGGCACGUCUGGCACAUGACGACGUGGUGAACUCAGUGGCGUUCAGCCCCGCUGACCAGGAGCUGCUGCUGUCUGCAAGCGAUGACUCUACCAUUAAAGUGUGGCGCUCACCGCGCAUGGUUCGCCUGGCGCAGGCCCCCUCCCGGCCGCUGAGGCCCCGCAGCCUCCUGCCGUCCUGGCUGGGACGCAACAAGAACUCAACGUCUGCCAGCAGUGUGAAUGGAAAACCAUGAGUCAGGUUGGAAAACACUUGCUGUGGGAAGGAACGUUUGAUCUUUUCCUCUGUGGUGUGUCUAUAUAUAUAUAUAUAUAUAUAUAUAUAUAUAUAUAUAUAUAUAUAUAUAUAUAUAUAUAUAUAAACACUCAUGUAUAUUUACAGUGUGGUUACAGUCAGUUGUUUUGCUUGAGCUCACCGUGUUGUGACACACAGCAGUGCUUGGUGUCUUCAGCUAACAGGAGACGGGACUUGUUGUGACUCAGGGUUAGACACAAGAGAGCGCCGUUGCACCAGCAAAGGACAGAAAUCACCACACACUCUGUUGGGCUGUUGUCAGGAGUGAUUUGAAAUGUUCGCACAGGUAGAUAGUGUAGCGCUGACACCUAAAUGCACAAGACAGACGUCCAAACGUGUUACCCAAGAGAUGGUGUUUGUCUGUUUUUUUUAUCUGUAACGUUGUGUCUGAACAGGUCAAGACUCCUGGACCUGAGGUGUAAAUGUAUGUAAAUGUCUUGCAGAGACAGCACCUUAUGUCCUGCUCAUCAGAAGCAACGUGCUGUAACUGAGAAUUACUUCAGAACUGUCUUUUCUUAUUAAUGGAUAUUUCCAAUUGAUGUCUUGAGUAUGAAUACCCUAGAAAUCCUGUUUUGAGAUCAUUAUAAAACCAUUUAAAACCAAAAGGGAAAACAUGUAGCCGCAUAUACUGCAGUCUGCCUUGGUUUUUAAUUACAUCACAUCUCAUUGUUUGUGCCCCAGAAAUGAAUCAUCACUAUUCUAUUCAAAGUAGAAUUAUUGAGUAAUUUAAUCUAGAAGAGUUGUUGACUGUGAACAAAAAAAAUUUUUUGUGUAGCUCAUUGUUAUUUGGGCCUAUAUUAUAUAUAAAUGUAUUUAAACACCCUUUUUCAUUUGUAGCACAACACAUAACCCUUUAGUUUUGUCAAAAGACUCUCUGACACAUUAAGAUGAAUCUCUGAAAUUGAUGUCCCCUGGCCAUUUUUUAAAUUUAAAAAUGUAUGGUUUGUUUAGUUUCCAAGCAGAACCCCACUUGAAGUCUAAAAUUGCUACAUUCAGUGUGGGGUACCUGGAUAUCCAGACCCUGCAUAUGGGUAACCUAGAGCCGUUCUGAAUUCACUUCACAACUUCAAAUUUGUUAUGACAUUUAAUAAAUACAUUCAGUAAAUUGCCGUUGAGUUGUAAUUUUGUUGAAAGAACAGAUAGUACACAACAAUAAAAACAAAAUUCAAGUUACAGAAAUGUCACCCAGUUCUUUAAUUUAGACAUACAAUAUGUUUGUAGUACAUCUUAAAAGUACAACAGGAUAUAUUUUCUUUAGUAUAACUAAUGAUGCAUAAUGAUUUAAAAUGUUCAUGCAGACCAAUAUUGAGAAGGACCGUGACAUUGAGAUCAAUAGAAAAAGUGGGGGAAACGGCCUCUAAAUGUUUGUGUACAUGGGUUACCCCUUAACUUCCCGUCAUGUCUGUAGUCCUUCAAGGUCCUUUUAGUUCUAUUGCUGAAGGACCGGUAUAAAACAAUCAAAACAAAAAGUAAUGCAAGGUUUAGGUACUUUACCUGGUAGAUAUUUGUUUCAGUGGAGAUUCCCUGCUGAAGGAGGUUGUGAUCAAUUAGAAAAAAACUUGAAUUAUGAUUGUGGGUCGUGUCAUUACCUGGACAAAGUCAACUGGUAGCAUUUGCAUGUCACAUUUUCAGAGAAACCUGUGGGAAUUAGUCACUUCAUCAGCAGAUUCUUACCACACAUUGAAAAAUAUUUCCCAUGUUUUCAAAUGUGUGUAAUAAGUCAUGAACUUUCUCCUUGGUUCCCUUUUAAAAACUUUGGUAUCUGUUAUUUUUACUGUAGAUCCAUCUUGUUAGUCAUGUUUCCUGUCUUCUAAUGUAAUUUUCCUUCUCCCCUAAAAAUAAAACGCAUGCCCUGAAAUACCA